AUGGGAACGACUGGUGACAGAUCCGAUGACGAAUAUUCCGUUAUUGGUGAUAAAGGAGGAAUCGAUUUCAUCGACUAUGCAGUCGAUGAAUCUGUUUGUAAUUUCAAUCCGUUUGAGGAUGGUCCUCUUGUAAUCUCUACACCAUUCCCGUUUUCAAAUGGGAAUCCUCAAUAUAUAUCUGUUGGAGCAACUGCUUUCGAUUCCAUUAGUAUCAGGAACACCACUGAUGAUCCGGUGGAAUGCUGGACAAAAAUCUAUGCAUCAAGUCCGGAGAACUCUUUCACUCUUUCUUUGAUGAAACCUCCAUUGGGGAACUCUGACGAAAAUACAAGCCAAGAGUUCAUUGAGUUCUUCGAUUUAGAGGAUCGAAUGAUACAGCCCGGAGAGACUUUAACCCUUUGGUUGUCCUGCAAAGCAAUGGAAAUCGGCUUGCAUACUACGAUAGUGCAUUUUGAUGUUGAGGGUGAAAGAUUGGAAAGAGUGGCCUUUCUCUUGGUUGAAGACAAGAUCUCGCGUUCUUUGGCAUCUAAAAAGCCAUACUCUAGAAGUCAAAGAAAGAAACAAUUUUCAGUCGAUGAAUAUGUUACUGGGUCACGCCCGGCAAGGGCAAUGGGUCGAGGUGCUCGAAACAAGCUUCCCUGGUAUGACAUUCCAAAUGAUAUCAGAGAACUGGUUGAGAAUAAGCAGACUCCUGGUGCCAUAAAAGCCGGCCUUACAAGAGAGAAUUAUGCAGCUUACUUCAAACAUCUCUUAAUCCUGGAAGAGUUACAACUAGAGGAGGACAUGAGGGCCUAUAACAUGGAGAACAUCAACAUGAGGAAGAAAGGGAAGUACUUAUCACUUCAGGUCCCGGGGCUUGCAGAAAAAAGGCCCUCACUUGUUCAUGGAGAUCAUAUAUUCGUUAAACUCACGUGUGAAGAUGAUGCUAAUGAAGCAACUCGAGUUUAUGAGGGUUAUAUCCAUAGGGUAGAAGCUGAGGAAGUGUACUUGAAGUUUGCACUAGAAUUUCACUCAAACCACAUAGAUGAAAAUCUUUAUAAUGUGCAGUUCAAGUAUAACCGAAUCAAUAUGCGGAGGCAGUACCAUGCCAUCGAUGCUACAAAAAGCCUAGAUGUAGGUCUCCUUUUUCCAUCUGAGUCACCCGAAAGUAGGGUUAUCGAAACCACUCCACUAGUGCCCAUCUGUUGUACACUUAAUGAGGAGCAGAUGUGUUCAAUUGAGAUGAUCCUCGGCUGCAAAGGAGGACCACCUUAUGUGAUUUUCGGGCCACCAGGUACAGGGAAAACCAUGACAAUAGUGGAGGCAAUCCUCCAGCUCUAUCAAACCCAAAAGUCUUCUCGAAUUCUCGUGUGCGCACCUUCAAAUAGUGCGGCUGAUUUCAUUCUAGAGAAACUCCUCAAUGAGGAAUCUGUUGAGCUUAAAGAGAAUGAAAUAUUCAGACUAAACGCAGCUACGCGGCCAUAUGAUGAUGUCAAACAGAAUUUUCUUAGGUUUUGCUUCUUUGACGAGCUUAUCUUCAAAUGUCCUCCGCUUAGAGCUCUCGCCCGCUACAGAAUCGUGAUAUCAACUUACAUGAGUUCCUCCCUCCUGUAUGCAGAAAGUGUUAGUAAAGGUCAUUUUACUCAUAUUUUCUUGGAUGAAUCAGGUCAAGCUUCAGAACCGGAAAACAUGAUCCCUUUAGCGCACCUUUGCCAAAAAGAGACUAUUGUUGUGCUUGCUGGGGACCCAAUGCAGUUAGGUCCGGUCAUAUACUCCCGAGAAGCUGAUGAUUUUGGACUGGGGAAGUCAUAUUUAGAAAGGCUGUUCCAACAUGAGUGUUACUCUAAUGGGGAUGAAAACUAUGUGACAAAAUUGGUUAGAAAUUACAGAUGUCACCCCGAGAUCCUGUAUCUCCCUUCAUUGCUUUUCUACAACGGUGAAUUAAUCCCUUGCAAAGAUGACACAGGUUCGUUACUGAAUUCAGUAAAGUUUCUUCCUAACAAGGAGUACCCUGUCUUUUUCUUUGGUAUACAAGGCUGUGACGAGAGGGAAGGAAGUAAUCCGUCAUGGUUCAAUCGGAUUGAAGCUAGCAAGGCUGUACAAAUUGUUAGUAGUUUGAUAGCAACCGGGAUUCUCAGCCAGGAAGAUAUUGGGAUUAUAACCCCCUACAGGCAGCAAGUCCUCAAACUACAGAAGGCCUUUGAGAGCCUUGACACACCAGAUAUCAAGGUUGGCACUGUUGAACAAUUCCAAGGCCAAGAACGGAAAGUUAUCAUCAUAUCUACCGUCCGAUCAACAAUCAAACACAAUGAGUUUGACAGAAUCCAUUGUCUGGGGUUUUUGAGCAAUCCUAGAAGGUUUAAUGUGGCCAUUACCCGUGCCAUAGCUUUGCUUGUUAUUAUUGGAAAUCCACACAUAAUUGCCAAGGACCCAUACUGGAGCCAGCUUAUAUGGCGUUGUGUCGAUAACAACUCUUACCAGGGCUGUGCUCUGCCCGAAAAGCAAGAAGUGUACGUCGAUGAAGUUCCAGCAUCGGAGGAAUGUCAGAUUGUGAUGAAAGCAGCAUUGCUGAAAGAUGGGGUGAAUACACAGCGGAAACCGAAAAUGUCAAAACUUGGACAGAUGAAGCCGACUGGACCGACGGGUGGAAAUGUGACACAUGAGGGGUCUUUCACUUCUAUUUUUCUGCCAUUCUUUCAUAGGGGGGCCUUUGCUUUGCUGCUUUUGUUUCACAGUGAUAAAUGUGAUGAACUCAAGUGUUUCACUUCAAGUGACACAAUAUGGCCUAAUGGUAAAGCAAAUGGGAAAGACGACAUCUUCAUACACUAUCAUUUUGCUGAUUACAAAGUAUUAAGCAGGAAAAUCAUCAUUCCAAGAAGGAACCAACUUCUUUGCUUCCAAACCCGGUUUGUUGCAGAAGUAAACAUAGCUUGUUCUACCGAGGAACUCGGUGGUGUUGGCAACCUGACCACAGGUUCCGGAGGCAAGUCCGCCAAAUCUGACAAAUCCGAUGAAUCGGAUGGUUUCGAUGUCCCUGGAUCGGUGGUGCUUGGAAAUGGCGGCAACGAUGGUCAACCCAUCGCAUGA